AAUGCAGCGUUUUUUCCGAUGGAAAGAACAUGAAUGCUUUAUGGCGGAUUUAGGAUUUUAAUGGCUUUUCUUGUUCCACUCUUCGUUUGACGACACAGCUUCUCAGGAUGGUUUUCUUAAGGUUAUCGAGCAAUUUACACAAUCCAUGGAUGGUUUCCGCACAGUCAAAAUGGCAGGUUGUGCUUUUCAUUCUCUGCUUUUACGGAGUGGACGUCAUAUAUUGCAAUGCGAGAUAUUCCAUCCCGGAGGAAAUGCCAGAGGGAUCAUUCGUUGGAAACAUCGCCAAGGAUCUGGGGAUAGAGAUAAGUAGACUCAUAUCUGGAAAAGCUCGCGUCGUUACAAAGGGCGGACGACAGUAUGUCGAUCUGAGCAGAGACAAAGGGACUCUAGUAGUUAAAGAAAGGAUAGAUCGCGAGGAGCUCUGUAAGCAGAUGACGCCUUGCAGCUUCAGCUUUGAUCUUAUCGUUGAAAACCCUAUCCAGCUCCAUCGAGUCACAGUCGAGGUGCAAGAUAUAAACGAUAAUGCACCGUUAUUUCAGAAAGAAAAUAUUAAUUUGAAAAUAGCUGAAAACGCGGUUUUAGGAGCGCGCUUUCCUUUAGACAGCGCUAUAGAUACAGAUGUAGAUCUAAACGGUAUACAGAGCUAUAAACUACAUCCAGCUGAUAGUUUUAAACUGGAGGUUCAUAGUCAGACCGAUGGCAACAAAUACAUUGAGAUGGUUUUAAAACGAGAACUAGACCGAGAGGAGCGCGAUGAGAUUCAAUUGAUUCUUGUGGCAAAUGAUGGUGGAUCACCUCAGAAAUCAGGCACUGUAAAAAUUCACGUUACUGUUCUGGAUGCCAAUGAUAAUGCCCCAGUGUGUAAACAGUCAGUAUUUAAAACUGAAGUUAGAGAAAAUUCACCUGCUGGUACUGUCAUAGGUACCAUUAGUGCUGCUGAUGCUGACGAAGGUGUAAAUGGCCAUGUUUCCUAUUCCUUCGCUGUUGCAAGCAAAGAAGCAAGUGAGCUUUUUGGGAUAAACACAGAUACAGGUGAGAUUAGACUUCUUAAUAAUUUAGAUUAUGAAUCUCAGAAUAGAUAUCAAUUAAAUAUAAAUGCGAGGGACAAAGGAGGCUUCUCAGAUACUUGUAAAAUUGUUAUAGAUGUAAUUGAUGAGAAUGACAACUCUCCAACCAUACAGCUGAUGUCGUUCUCAAACACUCUUCCUGAAAAUUCCCCAGUGGGAACAACUCUAGCCGUCAUUAACGUAGAGGACGCAGAUUCUGGUAAAAAUGGUCUUGUUCAGUGCUCAAUAAAUCAAAACAUACCUUUUAAAAUUGAGUCAUCUCUCGCGGAAUAUUAUAGUUUAGUUACUGAUGAUAUUCUUGAUCGAGAAAGCCUAGCUGAAUAUAAUAUAACCAUCUUGGUAUCAGACGAAGGAAGUCCUGCGCGCCACGCAAACAAAACACUUAAUGUAAAAAUAUCUGAUGUCAAUGACAAUCCGCCAAUCUUCGAGUUCGAGGAAUAUAAAACAUUCGUUAGUGAAAAUAAUUAUCCUGGUCUCACUAUACUGACUGUUAAAGCAAAUGAUGCUGACUGGGGUCCCAAUGCGCAAUUGUCCUACUUCCUGAAGGACGAAGACAUGCGUGGUGCACCAUUAAGUUCUCUAGUAUCUGUAGAUUCACAUACUGGCACUAUUCAUGCAGUUAAAUCAUUUGAUUUUGAACAGUUAAAAUCGUUUGCUUUUAACGUGACAGCUCGAGAUGGAGGAUCCCCGCCCUUGAGCUCUGAAGUGACAAUAACUAUCAAUAUUCAAGAUGAGAAUGACAACGCUCCUCAGGUUCUGUAUCCAGUACAGACUGGUGCUUCUGUGGUGGCUGAGAUUGUGCCUCGUGCUGCAGAUGUUGGAUAUCUGGUCACUAAAGUGGUGGCUGUUGAUGUGGACUCUGGACAGAAUGCCUGGCUCUCCUAUAAACUACAGAAAGCUACAGACAGAGCGCUGUUUGAAGUGGGUUUACAGAAUGGAGAAAUAAGAACUGUGCGACAAGUGACUGAUAAAGAUGCGGUCAAACAAAAACUGACGGUUGUUGUGGAGGAUAACGGACAGCCCUCUCGCUCAGCUGUGGUCUCCAUUAACGUGGCUGUGGCUGACAGCUUUCCUGAAGUGCUGUCAGAGUUCACAGACUUUACGCAUGAAAAACAGUAUGACAAAAACCUGACAUUUUAUUUAGUUCUCGCACUGGCUGCUGUUUCUUUCUUAUUUAUCACUUGUGUGGUUGUCAUAAUAUCAGUAAAGGUCUACAGAUGGAGACAAUCUCGCUUCUUAUAUCAGUCCAAUCUGCCUGUUAUUCCGUACUAUCCACCACAUUACGCAGACACAGGAGUCACUGGAACUCUGCCGCACGGGUAUAAUUAUGAAGUGUGCAUGACGACUGACUCGAGGAAGAGUGACUGUAAGUUUUCUACACUCGGUGGACAGAAUGUCUUAGUGGUGGACCCGAGUUUCACUGAGACGAUGCAACGCGCAAUCAAGGAAAAUAACGGGUUGGAAAGUGAAUAUUCGACAUCGUUAAAGCCAGUGAUGCUGAUUGGAAUCAGAAUGCCCGUGUUUCUUAUAUUCUAGAAGACAGCACUGUUAAUGGAGUCUCUGUCUCAUCAUAUGUGUCAGUUCAUCCUGACAGCGGACUGAUUAC